AUAAAACUUCAAAAUCAAAAAUGUUUCAGCCAUUAACUUUUAAAUCUAACAUAAAAUCAUCUGGAUAUAAUCAAGUUUCCAGAAGAAAACUUUUUCAUCCUAUUCUUAAUAAACAACACAACAAUAAUACAAUACUCAAAAAGAGAUCCUCUUCUGAUUUGGCUUGGAAAAAAAAAGAAAUAAUCAAAUGCUAUUGGGAAAAGGAACCAAAACAAUUAUAUUCUGAAAGAUUAGAAAAUUCAAAAAACUUAAUUUUACAAACUACAGGUAAACCUACAUUGAUUAUGAUAGCUUGCAACAUGAUUGUGAUAAAGCAGAUGUUUCAACUUUUUAUUCAUGGUAUUUGUUAGUUAAAAAAAACUCUUACUAUUUAUUUUACCUUAGCUUACAUUAUGAAUCAGUUUAUUUAAUACUUCAGGUAAGACUAAAUAAGUUUGGGAUAUGCUGUGAUAAUCAAUUGUUGAAUUAUAUCCAAAUAACUGUUCUAAUUGUAAAGAAUUGAAUCUAUUACAUAUCCACCUACUUCUAAAGUGUAAAUCAUAUUGAUUAUUAACCUUUUCCUUACCAAUUGCCGUGCCCCCUUGUUUAUGUUUAGUGUGUAAACAGCCCAAGGUCAAUGUAGGUGAAUCAGGCAAUAUUAUUUUAAAAAUCCACCAAAAUAAUUUAUAUAUUCAUAUGAAAAAAAUUAUAUAUCUUUAUCAAUAUAUUUAUUGUUAAAUAUGACAUUUUUCAAUAAAUUUUAUUUAAAA